UUGGGUGAGGGAAGUCCAAGAUGCUUCAGAACCUCUGGAGCAAUGAGGGUUCCCCCUCCAAAAAGGCCCCGGCUGCGGCCUGCGUCGGUGUGUGUGGCUGGCCCAAGUUUGCAGUGUCCCACCAUAAUGGAGGGGGUUCUGUCCUCUGGAGAGAACGAGCAGUGUGACCUGUGGGGGUGGCAAGGUUGCUCCGGUAUGUCUCAGCCACCAGUUUCAAGGAAGCCCCGUCCUCUCAGGAGGCCACAGUCUGUCAUAGAAGGACAAGCACUCAUCCAGCCCAGCUCAAUGCAAGCACAGCGAGCCCUUUCUCGCCCUCCUGGCACGUCACCCCGAGACCCUCCUUUUAAGGUGGUGCUCCAGAGAUGUCGUUCACUGCCUCUUCCCCAGACAUCCUUGCCUGGACUGGAAGCAGCCGGCCUGCCAGAGCUGCUAGCUCAACCAGCUGGAUGUGUCCCUCAGUCAGCCACUGUCCGGCUACGAAAUGGAAGCAGAUCCAGUCGAAGGAAACUGCUCAGGCCUGGUUCUGGACCUCUACAAGUGAACAUGCUGAUCAGCGGAGGUUCAAUUGUCAGCGCAGAGGCAGUAUGGGAUCAUGUGACCAUGGCCGACCGCGAGUUGGCAUUUAAGGCAGGCGACGUCAUCAAGGUCCUGGAUGCCUCCAACAAGGACUGGUGGUGGGGCCAAAUCGAUGAUGAGGAGGGAUGGUUCCCAGCCAGCUUUGUGCGGGUUGAACCCCACCCUCCUCAACCCCAAACAAAACAGGUUUUCUAUAUCAACCCUAUAGCAACUCCAAGGUUCCAAAAUACAACAGCAAAGCUGUGGGUGAACCAGGAGGAUCGUGCCAUUGAGCCAGCUGAGGGCUCUAGUGAGGUCCAGAAUGGCCACCUUGACCCAGGCAAUGACUGCCUCUGCCUGGGCCAGCCUCUGCAGAACAGGGACCAGAUGAGGGCCAAUGUCAUCAAUGAGAUUAUGAGCACCGAACGCCAUUACAUCAAACACCUGAAGGACAUAUGUGAGGGUUACUUGAGACAGUGCAGAAAAAGGAUCGACAUGUUCAACGAUGACCAACUGAAGGUCAUUUUUGGGAAUAUUGAGGACAUCUACAGAUUUCAGAUGGGAUUUGUUCGAGAUUUGGAAAAGCAGUACAACACAGAGGAACCACAUCUCAGUGAAAUAGGACCAUGCUUCCUGGAACAUCAAGACGGCUUUUGGAUCUACUCUGAAUACUGCAACAACCAUCUGGAUGCAUGCAUGGAGUUGUCCAAGCUGAUGAAGGACGGACGUUACCAGCACUUCUUCGAGGCGUGCCGUCUCCUUCAGCAGAUGAUUGACAUUGCAAUCGAUGGCUUCCUGCUCACUCCUGUGCAGAAGAUUUGCAAAUACCCACUGCAGCUAGCUGAGCUUCUCAAAUACACAGCACAGGAGCACAGUGACUACCGCUAUGUGGCUGCAGCACUGGCUGUCAUGAGGAAUGUCACCCAACAGAUCAACGAGCGCAAGAGAAGACUGGAGAACAUAGAUAAAAUUGCUCAGUGGCAGGCAUCUGUACUGGACUGGGAGGGUGAUGACAUUUUGGAUAGAAGUUCAGAACUCAUCUACACAGGGGAAUUGUCCUGGAUCUACCAACCAUAUGGGAGGAGUCAGCAGCGAGUAUUCUUCCUCUUCGACCACCAGUUGGUUUUGUGUAAAAAGGACCUCAUACGACGUGAUAUCCUUUACUACAAAGGCCGCAUUGACAUGGACAGGUAUGAAGUGAGAGAUGCAAUCGAUGGAAGGGAUGAUGACUUUAACGUCAGUGUCAAGAACGCAUUUAAACUACACAAUAAGGACACAGAGGAGAUCCACAUCUUCCUAGCCAAAAAACUAGAGGAGAAGAUUCGCUGGCUCAGGGCUUUUCACGAAGAGCGCAAGAUGGUGCAGGAGGAUGAAAAAAUAGGCUUUGAAAUUUCUGAAUAUCAGAAACGGCAAGCAGCCAUGACAGUGCGUAAGGUGACCAAACAGAAAGGUGAGGCACCAAAGCGAUACCAGUAUUUUCUUGAAUUUGCAGAUUCAUUUAUAGAUAUCAUCUUGAGAAAGAGGGCCAUAUUAUAUGGACAUGGUGUGAGCCAAAACAGGUUUGUGCCCCCUUCAUCCCCACCCCCCCAGGACCCCGUAGCCCAAGGACAGUAUGUACUCCCUGACGACUUGGCACAAUCAGAUCUAUUUGAGAUUCAUCAACCCAGACGGAGCCAGUCUCCGUUCAAAUUGCAAAAUUUUGGUAGGUUAGCAUUGUUAAAAAAGUAGCCAAAAUAAUGGACUUUCUCUCUGGAUGAUCCCAUUUCUGUUGUACUUCAGCUGAGGAUGUCAUGUUGUGGACAGACAAUAGCAAUGGACUUUGGACUUUGUUCAUCCGGAGAUGAAGACAUUUCAGCAUCCAGUGACUGACAUCUAUUCCUCAGUUGUUUUUUUUCCAGCAGUAAACUUUCUACCAUGGUUAGUGGUACAGUUAACAAAGUUUAUGUCAUUGACCAUUCGCUUAGUGUCUUCUUCAAUAUAUAAAACUGUAGGACUCAGAAGGACUAGUUCAUCCAAAAUGUUAAAUGGCUAACAGUAAAUGAAACUAAUGGGAGGCAAAUUAGCAUUUUCUAACAUUCACAAUGCUAACUGGUCACUCGGUUUCCUUCAUUAUUAGCAACAAUAGCAUUUUUGAGCAAGUAUUCCUUUUAGUGUAGUACAACAGAAAGACUACUGUGCCAAAAAAGGCCCUUAAAGAUAUAGCAGGCCUUUAGAAAUUCAGAGGGUUAUUUUUUAUUUUAUCGUGGCUGAAUAUGCUCUAUAGUGAACUAUCAAAGUGGUAAGUCUAGCUGGCACCACAUCUCAUUUUGGGGUGACCAAAUGGUUCAGUCGCACAGUAUUUGCGCUAUACUGUCUCGUCUCUAAGAGGUUUUUUUUUUUUUUUUGUGAGGGCAUACAAAUGUUUUUUUGAACAUGUACCAUGCAGGUGGGUAGGGGGAAAUCAGCUUGACAUGACAAAAGACUGUACCAAAUCUUCUGAACAGGGUAUUCAUUUAUUCUCGGUGAAGGCGACUAUCCAUUUUUAAAUUUAUGGUUUGCCAAAAGGUUCCUUCUCAGAAUAGUGUAGUUUGUGCCAAAGUCAUGUUAAGCAUAUACUGUAGGUGUGUCCAAAUGACCAAUUCCAGAUCUUAUUUGAAGCACUUUACUCAGUGUUCAGUUAUAAUGUCUUCGUAGCAUUGUCAGAUUCAAUUCCUAAAUUCACACAUCUAAUGAUAACUUGGAUAUACUUUGGAUAAUUAUUUAGUUCUGUAUUUGAUAAUAUACUUUGCGUGUUAAGCAGACAUUAAGGCAUUGUGGUGGAACAUUUAGAAAAAGUUUCUGAAUUUCAUACAGAGAGAAAGAAAUCGUCAUUACAGCUUGAGAAUAUGCUUUGUGCUGUAAGCCCAUCGUAAGAACAAACACUGAAGUUUUUUCUAUGUCCACUGAGGUCUUGUUUAAAAGUAUAUUACUGAUAUUUUUGUCAAAGGGUUUUUAUUUUUGUUUGUAUUAUAUCGCCACACUCUAAUAAGCACAGCUAAAACAUUCAUACGAUUUGUAUUUAAGAUUUUUUUUAUUGUUUGUCUAAUAGCUGCACUACAUUCUAUUUAUCACUCUUACUGAUAACAUAAAUAUUAAUAAAAAUUACAGUUUACUGUAAAUACUUGAGAAAAAAUGUAUUACCCAUGAAUCAAAUCUGGUUGCAGUAUCAACCAUGUUAAAUGUAUAUCAAAGUUCUCUUUUUGCCAAGAAUACUUUGUGACUUGUGACUAUGACCAUGGACUGAAUCUGCCUGCUGAUGUGUUUAAUGGCUAGACUGAAAGCCAAAGGAUGGACAGUGAAUCCCUAGUAUAUUUAAAACUCUCUGCAGUGUUUGUAUCAAUCUGUUGGUGAUAAGAAAUGAACUGCAUUUUACACAGCACAAUGUAGAAAAUGUUAUCUCUUGAAGGAGACACAUCAUUUUGUAUAAUAUGGACUUUUGAGCAUAGAUACCCAUAAAUAAAUGUGAUAAACUGAAAUCUCAAAAUAUAUAACCUUUUGAUGUUAAACAAUAAUGCACACAUUUCUGUUUCAUUUUGUCUUCAUUGUUUAGUAUUGAUAACUGAACUGACAUGGUGUGGGAUUUAAGCUGUGUGGCGAUUUAUUACGAGUGCAAAACAAUCACUUACAGUAUGUACUAGUAUGUGUGUUUUCUGCCGAAUUGCUAUCUGCUGCAUCUGUAGCAUUCCUUGAUUACCAUGUGCUGUCAUUUUGACUACAUCUCGUAAAAGAACGGAAAACCUUUUGACACACUUGUAAUAGAAGACCAUGAUAAAGAGCUGAACCUCAGUACAGGGAAAUGAUUAUCCGUGGUAAUAGAUCGUAUAUUGCAGAUGCAGCAGACAGACAUUAGUAUGAAAAGCACUUAAGUAUUCUUUUAAUGACAUUCCAGUGGAAUUGUGUAGGGUGAAAGACAAGCUCAGGUCAAGCUUAGAAUGUGUUUACAUAAUUCAGCCAGCUUUCAGUGCAUAAAACCCAGACAUCGUUGAACAGUGCCUUGCAGCAUUUCAUUAGUGCUUUGAGUUAAUAAAGCCUGCACCAAGAGAAUUAUUUAUUUCCUAGUUGAUGAUCUGACCAUAACUGUCCUCACAAGCGGAAGAAUGUAUGCUUCACAGCAGUGUAAUGUUACGCUCAGCAUAUGCAUGAAUUUAACAAAAUGUAGAAUUAUACAAUGGAUGGUGAUUGUUAGGGAAUCUCCAGUGCUACAGUAAGGCAGUGGUGGCUUCUGCUAAUUUUACAUGCAUCAGUGUUUCAGGGACUGCUUACUCCAGACUUUAACCUUAUCUCUGUUUGCUGCAUCUGUAGCAUAUGACCAAUUACCAAUUAGUCAUUUCCUUAAUAAAAAAAAAACAGAAGACACUCAAAACAUGCUUAAAAUAUACAGCAGGGGUGCCCAAACUUUUUGUCUUU